AUGGGCGUGAGGCAGGAGCUGCAUGAGCCGGAGAAGGUGUCCCUCAUUUGUAGGCUACUGCACCACUGUCCUCCUGGGGAGCUCGGCCAGGUUGCUGCUAUGGUCCAAGACGACAAGGUGGUGAGGCAGGAGGCUGCCCAUGUUGGGGCCUGUCACAACAAGAACAAAUUCACUCCCAUCCAAAUAAACAGGCACACCGUGCUACUGACCCACUACAACAACUUAGGGGCAAACCGUUUCUUUGACCCUCAGGACAAAUUCUCUUUUGUGUUUGACCACUUGAGCAGGGCAGCCAGCAAAUCCCAACUGCACGGUGCAAUGCUAAAUGAGGGGGAACUAUGGCGAGCCCUCCACAAGGGCUUGAAGGCCUCCAUCAGCUGCCACUUCCCUCUAGGGAAUAACUGCAUGUUCAAAAAAAGCCUGGGGAAGAGGCAGCUGGUUUUGGCCUGCAUUGAGGCUCGUCAGUAUCAGCCUUCAAAUCACAGGAACAGCCUUUGGAAGUCAGACUGGACUUUUGCCCUGACUCCAUUUACCACUCGGGUCACAGGGAUCAUUCUCCCCCAGAUAUACUACUUCAAAGAUGCCAACCUCCAUACAAAUGUCAGCUUUCAGUUUUGUCGGAGGGUAUAUGGGGGAAAAAAUCUGUGGAGGAAACUCCCUGUUAGUCCCACUUUUAUGAACUGGAAUAAACUACCGAAUGAUCAGUAUCUGAACACCAGUGUCUCCAAUACAGAAGUGCCUCUAUGCUUACUGUAA